AUGAUGAUGAUGAUGUCGAUAGUUCAACACAAUCAUCAUUAAAAGAAUCCCAGGUUUCAGCAGAUUCGAGUAAACAAAUAUUAAAAAUAUAUGAUGGGAAUGAUGCAGUAAAACGUAAUCAGUAUCGUCUUAUUACAGUUCCGAGGAUUGCAAAAAAUGAAGAAGUUGUGGAGGCUGCACUGAGGGCAUACUACAUCAGUGAUGAUCAACAAGAUUACGAACUUCAGACAUUCACUCAGCAGGCCUUGUUUUGUGACGACAUCAUUAAUAGGAACGAUACGACUGAAGAGGCGCAGCCGGGUUCUGUCUUCCAAGAAGCCGUUCCUGAGGCAUGGGUUAUCAGAGCUAAACCUAAGGAGAAUGAAGUCAUAAAGAUUUAUCCCGGCUGGCUGAAAGUUGGAGUGGCCUGUGUCUCAAUAAGCAUAAAUAAGGGGAGCACCACCGAUAUGGUGAUUAAAGAAGUUCUUCCACUACUUGGAUACCAGUCAGAUUGCUUCCAAAACUUCAAAUUGGUGGAGGUCCUGAUGGGCUCCAGACAAGUUCAGCGAAUGGUGCUGGAUGAUCGUGAAUCAAUUAUCAGCAGGUUACAAGACAUCAGAAAGACAUCAUUGCGUCAGAUGAACCAAACAAGAUUUUACAUUGUAGAAAAUAAUAUAUCGACUGUGCGUGUACAUCUGUUUGUUGGUGGUCUGCCACUCCAUCUUACUCCAGAAGAAUAUACAAAAAUCCUCAAAGAUGAAUUAGCCAUCAAAACCAAUUUAGUUUCUAUGAGUCACAUAUAUUCAUCUCAAGGUGCUGUUGUGCUAGAAAUUACUUGUUUUUCUGAAGCUGAGAGACUGUAUAUGUUAGUUAAAGAUACUUUCAUCAAUGACAAGGCAUUAACUGCAGUUAUUCUCCCUGAAAUUCUGCAAAAUAAGCUUCCUCAGAACUGCUGUCCUUUGCUUGUAUUUGUGAAUCCCAAAAGCGGAGGUCUUAAAGGUCGGAAUUUACUGUACAGUUUCCGAAAACUGUUGAAUCCUCAUCAGAUCUUUGAACUAACAAAUGGAGGUCCCCUGCCUGGAUUUCAUGCCUUCUCCCAAAUUCCAUAUUUCCGAAUAUUGGUAUGCGGUGGUGAUGGCACAGUUGGAUGGGUCCUUGGUGCUCUGGAAGAUAUCAGGCACAAGCUCGCCUGCCCUGAACCAUCUGUGGCUAUUUUGCCAUUAGGAACAGGUAAUGACUUGGGGAGGGUCCUGCGCUGGGGUGCUGGCUAUAGUGGCGAAGAUCCGUACUCGAUUCUGAUAUCCGUAGAUGAAGCUGAUGAUGUGCUUAUGGAUCGUUGGAACAUCCUUUUAGAUGCUCAAGAGGCACUGGAAAGCUCAGAAAAUGGUGUAUCAGAGCCAGAACCUCCUAAGGUAUUUCUCAAGUUUUCCUUCCUGAAACUAUAAAAAUGUAGCAACAACAACAAAAAAGGAAGGCACU